AUGCUGAAUACCAAAUGUAAUUUAUGUAAUGUGGCAUUAACUUCAAACUCAAUGGCUGUUCAACAUUAUAGAGGCAAAAACCAUCAGAAGAAGUUGAAAAGUUUCCAAAAUGAAUCCAAUCCUCAACUAAAUGUAUCAUCAACAUCAUUGGCUCUUGUCUUUGAUGCUCAACAUCAAGAUUCCAACAAAUAUUGUGCAGCGUGCCUGCUGUCAUUCCAAACUCCUAGUCAAGCUUCAACACAUUAUAUCAGUCAGGCUCACACUGCUAAAAUGAAGCAAACUUCAUUACAAAAAAGGUUUGUAUAUAAUUCAAAUAAGAUUAAAUGUAAAGCUGUAUUUAGAUGUGAAUUAUGUAAUGUUACUGUCAACUACCAGACAGAGUUAGAUGCUCAUUUUAAUGGUGCCAAACAC